AUGUGGAUCCAGGUUCGCACCAUAGACGGGAAGGAGACGCGAACCGUGGAGGAUCUUUCUAGAUUGACCAAAAUUGAGUCUUUACGCUUGAAAAUACAGGAGAUCUUCAAUGUGAGCCCGCCGCAGCAGCGCCUCUUCUACCGAGGGAAGCAGAUGGAAGAUGGCCAAACACUGUUUGACUACAACGUGGGACUCAAUGACAUCGUCCAGCUGCUGAUUCGCUCCCAGACCGACCCUCCAGACAGCCCCGCCACCAAGGACUCCUCCGGCGUGGCCUGUAGUUCGGCCCCCCCCUCUGACUCCAGGUCGGAAAGCUGCAACUCCCCAGCUCCCGCCUCCCCCGCUGCUAUGGAAACCUCCACCAAUAUAGACAAUGACAGCAGCAGCGUCACUACCGGCACUGUUAACGAAACCAAGCCGGACACCAGCGCUACCAGUAACUCAGCCAGUACCAAAAAUGGGUUCAAGUCCUCCAGUCCGGCGCGGGACGGCCAGCCCCCCACAUCCAGCAGAAACGCACUAGUCGACCCAGGAAUUGGCGUGUAUAAGAUUAACGAGCUGGUGGACUGCAGAGACGUCAGCAUCGGCGCCUGGUUUGAGGCCUGCCUCGAAAAUGUGACACGCGCUCCCAAAGGACAGAUUACGCCCACCAAGGGAAAGGUGGGUCGGCCCCCAAAAAGGACUAAUGGAAAGCUGGAGGCCGAGCUGGGACAGGCCCACGGCCAGGGCCAAACCACAGACAGUAACAGGAAUAAUGUUGUGUUAAGCCCUGAGAGUAAUGGAGCCUCCACCUCUCAGACAGACUCUACAGCAGCUACAGAGACCAAGGAGAGAGAAGAGGAUGUAAUUUACCACAUUAAAUAUGACGACUACCCAGAGAACGGGGUGGUGGAGAUGCGGCCGGUGGAUGUGCGGCCACGUGCCAGGACCCUGCUGCGGUGGGACGACCUCCAGGUGGGCAUGCACGUGAUGGUCAACUACAAUAUGGAGACGCCGGAUGAGAGGGGCUUUUGGUUUGACGCCGAGGUUCAGACCCUCAACCAAGCCUCCCGCACCAACAAGGAGCUCCGAGUCAAGAUCCUCCUGGGGGGUCCUGGAGAUGUAAUCGGGGAUUGUAAAGUUCAGUUUCUGGAUGAAAUCUACCAGCUGGAGGCACCAGGAGCUCGUGCACUCUCCGCUUUAGAUGGACAAUUUAAACGGAAGAGCGGCCCAGAGUGCAAGCACUGCAAGGCCGACCCCGAUGCGGAGUGCCGCUUCUGCUCCUGCUGCGUGUGCGGCGGGAAGCAGGACGCUCACAUGCAGCUGCUGUGUGACGAGUGCAACAUGGCGUUCCACAUCUACUGCCUCAACCCGCCGCUGGCCACCAUCCCGGAUGACGAGGACUGGUACUGUCCCACCUGUAAGAAUGACACCAGUGAGGUUGUCAAGGCAGGAGAGAAGCUCAAAGCCAGCAAGAAGAAAGCCAAGAUGCCUUCGGCAACAACUGAGAGUCAAAGGGACUGGGGAAAGGGUAUGGCCUGUGUGGGGCGCACCAAGGAGUGCACAAUUGUUCCCUCCAACCACUAUGGACCCAUACCUGGUAUUCCUGUUGGGACCACCUGGAAAUUCAGAGUUCAGGUGAGUGAGGCAGGCGUUCACAGGCCGCAUGUUGGUGGCAUCCACGGGCGCAGUAACGACGGCUCCUAUUCUCUGGUGUUGGCUGGGGGCUUUGAGGAUGAAGUGGACCGGGGAGAUGAGUUCACCUACACAGGCAGUGGGGGUCGUGACCUCUCAGGAAACAAACGGAUCGGAGAGCACUCUUUCGACCAGACCCUGACACACAUGAACAGGGCGUUGGCCUUAAACUGCGAUGCACCUCUGAAUGACAAAGACGGGGCGGAGUCCAGGAACUGGCGGGCAGGAAAGCCGGUGAGAGUGGUGCGCAGCUCCAAAGGUCGACGCAUCAGCAAAUACGCUCCUGAGGAGGGAAAUCGCUACGAUGGUAUUUACAAGGUGGUAAAGUACUGGCCAGAGAUUGGAAAGUGUGGUUACCUGGUGUGGCGGUACCUGCUGAGACGGGACGAUUUGGAACCGGCACCGUGGACACCUGAAGGACUGGAGAGGAUCCAAAAACUGGGCCUUGCUGUUCAGUACCCGCCCGGCUACUUGGCGGCCAUGGCUAACAAAACAAAGAAGGAGGCCUGCGCCCGACCUGGUCGCGGCGGCCGGAGUAAGCACUAUCCCGCGAGGGGGAGGCCACGGAGACGCAAGAUCAAGGCGAAAGAAGAGAACGACGAAGACGACGAGGACGAGAUGCCAAUGGCCAGCGUGGAAGAAGAGGAGCCACAGAGUAAUGGAGAGCAGAAGACAGCCAGAGAUAGUGAGUCGUCACCAGCAGCAGAACCACCCUCUAAAAGGGUGAAGAUAGAGGAGACUUUCCAGCUGUCGGAGCAGCAGCAGCAGUUGAUCCGGGAGGACACAGCCAACAAGAAACUCUGGGAUGAAGCCAUGGGACACCUUAAAGAGGGACCGAAUUUCCUGCGGAAGAUGGAGCAGAUCUUCAUGUGUGUGUGCUGCCAGGAGCUGGCCUUCCAACCCAUCACCACCGUCUGCGUGCACAAUGUUUGCAAGACCUGUCUACAGCGGUCGUUCCGAGCGAAGGUGUACACCUGCCCCGCCUGCCGCCACGACUUGGGCAAAGACUUCGUCAUGAGCCAGAACGUGACGCUCCAGGUGCUGCUCGACCAGUUCUACCCCGGCUACAGCAAGGGCCGAUGAGGUCCAAAUCACAUUUAUAAGUAGAAUACGUACAUAUGCGCACAUAAAGCAUCCAUUCUGUGCACCCACGUAUACCGUCAAGUACCUAGAGCUCCACUUUAAAAUGCAUUGCGCACACAUACUGUACUUACCCACGGGCAAAUGUAUAUUGCAUAUACAGCCAUUUAUGUAUACAAUCAUUCAUACACAAACAACCUCAGUAGGGACUGACCUCAUCUGUUAAACCUGGACUGUCUCCAUUAACAUCACCAGCCUGAAAUUCAACAUUUUUUAACCUCCUGCCCACACAAACGCACACAAACGCACAAAAAGGAGCCCCAAUUCACACCCACGAGCCACCUCAAGAUUAGCUUAUUUUUUUUGUUUUUUUGUUCCAUAAAUUGACACACAGCAACAUUGUUUGAGUGCAAAUUUCUCCCCGGCAAUACCAUGAAAUCAGCCAUCAGACUCCUGCCAACCUACAAGCAUUUUUGUGUACCAUACACGUUGUGUUACACCCAAAAAACUGAGCUUAGCUGCUUCGUAUAUGUGCAGUAUUUCACUCAGCUGGCAAAUAAAGGUGCUAGUUUAAUACGGUGAUUUAGGCACAGCAGGACAUAACACCCCCUGUACCACAUUCAGAAAGGUAAAAUUAGGAAAGCACACAAUGUUUUAUGCCUCUGAAGCACUUUAUCAAUGACAUGACUUAUUUUGUUGGUUAAUCUGGAGCACACGCUGCUCAUGUCACUUGUCACACAAUAAUGCCAUUGCCAUACCUUGAGCUAAUAGGAAUAGCAAAUGUCUCGCCAGAUGUACUUUCAGUGCAUUUGCAGAGAAUAAAUGGGCAGCUGUUUCGGGAGAUUUCUGGGUCCAACAAAGCAGCAACCUUACAUACUUAGUGAACGCAACAAUGAUCAACAGGCACAACUCUCAGAUUUUAUGUGGAGUAAAAAAAAAAACUUCAUAAACAUACCAAAGACGUGAGGCUGUAGAGCAGGUUAGGGGGCAAAUAUCUUCAGAAAUCUGUUUAAAAAUAAAGUCAUUUCUGAUGAGGAAUCACGCCUAGAAAUAAAUAAAAUGCACUUGUGAAGUAUCAAACAGGACCUUAGCGAAUUAUCAUGUUUCUUUAACGAGGCACUUUUUGUUUCCAUUUCCAAGAAGCUCAAAAUAAAUGUACAAGAUAAACAAACGCGUACUAUUGUUGGUCUAUAAAAUGUCCGAAAAUGGUGAAAAAUGUUGAUUUCCCAAAGCCCGAGAUGACGUCCUCAAAUGUCUUAUUUUGUCCACAACUCAAAGAUAUUCAGUUUACUGUCUUAGAGGAGUAAAGAAACCAGAAAAUAGUCACAUUUAAGAAGCUGGAAUCAGAGAAUUUUGACUUUUAAUUCUUAAAAAAUUACUAACCGAUUAUCCAAAUAGUUGGCGAUAAAUUUAAUAGUUGACAACAAUCGUUGUAGCUCUCAAGUAUAUUAGAUCUCUCUCAUAAGUGCUGUUGAAACCUCUAACACUAUUGAAAUGAAGUAUCCUCACAACUCAUGUGUUUUUCACAUGUACUCUCAAUCACGGUUCCACUUCUUCAGUCAGAUAACAUGGACCAAACCGUACAUUAGAUGAGUACGUUCUGUUUUGUCUGCCUGAGAAAUACUGUCAUGAUGUAAGGGGAAAGUAAAGGUUUAUAUGCAGCGCACCUGAAAUGCUUGAAAAGCGCGAGGUGCGGCUGCUUGCAUGUUCUUUUCAAUGACGCCUAUAAGGGCGCACUGUGGUCGUCCCUGGUGUUACCAAGCAACCACAAUCAAGCAGGACUUCACACAAAGAUGGUUAGCAUAUUUUGUGCUCAGCAGAUAUUCAUCUGCUAUUGUUCUCUCUGUUAGAUUUAGUGUAAUGUUCACUAGUAUCCAGCACGAUCUGCUUCUCCUUCAUUUUUAGAAAUAUAGUGUGGUGAGUGAUUGCACCGCCAGUUAUUUGUUGUCACAUUACAUCCAGAAAAAGGAGAUGCAUCCGUCUCAAUUUGCCACGGUUGAGACUGAAAAAAAGGCCACACUGAUUUCUAUUUCUUUUUCUUAUGGACAUAAUGGUUAUGUGGAUUCACAUGUGCAGUGUUCCCCGAAUAUGCAGUAUAUAAGCUAGAUAGAAAUCCACCGUGUGACCAGUCUGUUAUUGUCUUUCAUUGUUAUUCACCAGUCCAGACCCGUAGGACAAGAGUGCCUUGUAGCACAGACUAUCAAAAACUGUUAAGUACCGAAAGUUUGCAUCUGAUGCCCGGUCAGUUAGUUAGUCGUUGCUAACUUAUUCUUUUUAAUCAGAAAUUUGCUGAUUUAAAAUUCAAAUUUUAGACUGUUUUAUUUAGACCUUGUAUGGUUUCUUAUGUUUAGAUAACAAUAGUUGAGAACUUCUUUUGUUAAAUGGGAAAAUGUUGAUAUUUCUCAAAGUUGAGUAUAGAAAGUUUUGUCGGUGCUGAAAAUCAGGCAUCGUAUCGACUCCAGUACUGAAAAAUGUAAACAAUACCCGUCCCUACAUGGCAUUUUUCAAUAUUGUGAGAGGUUUUCAAUAAGUGCAUACAGUAUGUGAGAGUUGAGAAGGAUGUAUUUCAGUAGUUCAGUGGAUACACUAUUGAAUGUUUCAAUAGAUAGUUAAUGUGUGUAUCUGCUCCAAAAUGUAAUGUGUUCUUCCUUGCUGCCCAUGCUACACCGUUUCACCAACUGUCAUGAAAAAUCGGGCCACAAACCACAAACCGAACCGAAAACAUAACCUCUAUGGAGUUAAAAAUGUGUAUAUAUGCAAGGUAAAGUUUGAAUUAUGUCCUUCGCUGCAUCCCAUAGUCAGAACUCUAACACUGAAAAGUGCGAAAGACGGCAAACAGAAAUGCUUGACAGUUACUGAUCAGGUCUGAUUGUUGGCGUGCAUCGUAAUCGUAGAUCGUAAAUACAGAAACAGAUUUCUGUACACAGACAGUUGAAAACUAGUUCAUUUGUUUUGGAUAUGUUGGAUAACAUAUAAAUGUGACGUAUAAAUGUAAUAUCUUAGGGAUGUCUUUUAUGUUUUGUACGAGUUUUCUGCCUACAUCAGUUGGACAGACGUGAAUGUUUUCACACGUCAAACAUUGUUUUAGUGUAAUCGAAAAACUGACAUUAAGAACUCAUUUGUUUCAUCAGGUCUAACUUACUAUGGGCCAUGGCUGAAAAUACAAAUGAAUGGCAGCUGUGAAUUGGAAACAAACAAAACGUUGUCUUUAAACCCUUCUUUUUAAGUUACACCACAUAUUUGAAACACACUUGGAAGCUUCACAUAAAUAAAAAUCUAAGAAUACCUCCACAACAAGGAAGACCAAGUCAGUUAUAAUCUCACAGAACACGACUACAUUAACAUUCCUUUUUAUCCUUUUGUGCAUUUUAUCUGCUGCUCCGUAGAGCCACACGGUAAUAUAGUCAUGUAACAACUGGACAGAUAUAAGCUUAUUGUUAACAUGUAAGGAUGUACACUGCAUCCACACAUGCUGAGUUAUCUUCACAUUUUUUUUUAUCUUUAUUUAGAUCUGACACACCGUCACAUAUAUUAUACAUAUAUUACACGCCCCGAGUUUAAAAAAAUUGUCUUUUUCUAUCUUGAGCAGCUGACACAGAUUUGUUAUCUUUUCCAGUGCUGAUAUGGUACUUUAAAAUGUCCGUGGGUUGGCAGGUCUGAUGGGAAGUCAAACAAAGGAGAGUAGUCUGUGCACUGAUCUGUGAUCUGCACAGAGGUCAGAGUGACUUCCACAUAAUGCAUCUGAACACUUGAGUUGGUUUUGUGGGAUACUGUAGCCCUCGUUCAUAGACAUCAUCACGUUCACCUGUAACUUCAAGGCCAUGUUUAGUGUAGAGACAGCGACACACUACUGCUGCACACACUCAUCCGUUACUUACCGCUCUGUUCGACAUUCAGAUCCCCGUUCAUUGGCCGGCUGUUUGUUUGUUUGUGGUGAUGUCCUUGUUUCUGUUCAAUCAUUCAGGAUUUUUCUUUUCUCUCUUUUUAUUAACAACAUGCAAGUACAAAUGCUACUAUGGUCUUUAAAGCUAACUGUGAUGUGCAUUACUUCCACUGUUGCUCAAUCUUGUUUAUUUCCUCCCUGCAUUGACUGGCAAGCUGAUAGUUUCUUUCUCUGCUGUGACCUUCCCUCUCUCCUCUCCUCUCUCUCUCCUCCGCCCUCCGUGAACCUUACAGUACUAACACUUUUUAGACGUCUUGUGGACGCUUGGCUUCAGUGCUGUGUUGUUUUUUUAUUUUUACCGCGCUCUGUCGAAGAAAAAAAGUUUGAAAAAGUUGCGUUUAAUUUUCCUAGAAUGCUUACUAUUAUCUAUGUCUGUACGCCAUCUUUUUCUACCAUUUUAGUUGCUUCUCUUCUAUUUUUAAUCAUUAGUCAUUUUUAUGUGGCGACCUCAAACAUUUGCAGCCAGUCUGAGGAGUUUCAUUGCUUCAUAUUGUGAUCUGAAAUUUUAUACAUGUCAUAAUAAUACUUGAUAUGUACCUAUUAAAUAUUUGGAUUCCA